CUAAAUGCUGGCUGCUGAAAUGAUUGAAUGGAAGAGACACUGGGUCUUAGGAUCACAGUCUCUCAAGAGUUUGUAAUAAGCACUUCUGAGCAGUAGCUCCGGACGCGGCCCCUAAGCCCCGCCCCUCCUGGCGUACCCCGGGAGCAGGCCAGGGGCGGGGCCUCGCGGACACCGCAGCAGGCACAAUGCGACCAGCCGCUGUGCGGCUAGUGCGGCUGGGUAGGGUUCCGUAUGCUGAGCUGCUGGCCCUGCAGGACCUCUGGCUGCGGCGGCUGCAGGCGGAGCCAGGCAACAAGACCGGGUCGGAGAAUGAGGCGGGCGUACUCCUGCUCUGCGAGCCCGCAGGGCCCGUGUACACGGCCGGGCUGCGCGGCGGCCUAACGCCCGAGGAAGCGACGCGGCUGCGGGCCUUGGGCGCCGAAGUGCGUGCCACAGGCCGUGGCGGCCUGGCCACCUUCCACGGCCCAGGCCAGCUGCUUUGUCACCCGGUGCUCGACUUGCGGCGUCUGGGCCUGCGCCUGCGCACUCACGUGGCGGCGCUGGAGGCGUGCGCCGUGCGUCUGUGCGAGCUCCAGGGCCUGCCGGGUGCCCGCGCACGCCCCCCACCCUACACCGGCGUCUGGCUGGGCGAGCGCAAGAUCUGCGCGAUCGGAGUCCGCUGUGGAAGGCACAUCACGUCCCACGGCCAGGCUGUGAACUGUUCUACAGACCUCACGUGGUUUGAACACAUUGUGCCCUGUGGGCUGGUUGGGACAGGCGUCACUUCUCUGAGUGAGGAGCUCCAAAGGCAUGUCUCUGUGGAUGAAGUAAUACCAUCUUUCCUUGAGGCCUUUAAGUACACCUACAAGUGCACCUUGAUCUCAGAAGACAGUCCAAACUGAAGGGCGUUCACGUUAUCACAACCAAGAAAUCCUACCUUGGAAGGUACCAAGGCUAACUUGGAGUCACUGAAACCCAGAUUUUAGGUUUGGCCUUGUCAUUCACUCACCGUGGGACUAUGCAAAAAUCAAGAGCUCUUAGCCAUUGUUUCCAUAUAUAGCCUGGCUUGUUUGUAUCUUUCCCACCUACUUCAGAUAUAGUAGAUAUGAAAGUAAAACAUGCUAUAUAAAUAUAAGGCAUUAGCACUGUUAAUAGCAUUUUCUAAACUUGGAGAAACUCAGAUGUCAUAGAGAGUCAUUUCUCAAUUAUGUAUUACUUCCUCGGUACUCUAUUUAAUUGGGCAAUUCUGGGCUCCAGUUCCUUCGAUUUUGUAGGGAUCAUAUCUCUGAAUGGCCCAGGUGAAGGUGAUGUGAUGUGGCACUUUUCUGCAAUAAAGGGAAACGCAAAAAGCCUCUUUAAAGAAUAAAAUUGGAUCCCGUCUUCCUGGGUUGGAUUCCCCAAGCCUAAUAGCUGUGUUUAGUUAGGUAGUCUGAACAAGACCAGAGGCUGGGGGGAAGACAAGAAUAAUAUCUCACAUUGUACAAAUGCCAAAGAUAGAAGUAAGGUUUUCUUACAUGAGAUCUCUAAGUCUACAAGGCUGUGUAUUAUCUGUUGCUGCAUAACAAAUCACUUCAAAAUGAUUUAAAAUAAUAAACAUUUCUUAUAUACUGUGGAUCAGCAA